GCGUGCACAGAGGUAAAAAUAGGUAUAUGCUUAUAUUUGUGUAAGAGGGGAGAGAGAGAGAGAGAGAGAGGAGUUGCUGAUGGCGGGUACUGCAGUUCCCAGGUGGGGGGGGCUAGGGUUUUUGGUGGGUACUGCAGUUCCCAGGUGGGUUUGGCUAGGGUUUUUGUUGAGAAUGUUCCUUGCCUCUUAUUUGCUUCUGCCAAUCCGGAUGGUCACUUCGAUGAACCCGUCAUCAGCUGUUGCCCUCGGGCCACAGAUCAGCAGCCUCAACUUGUUGCUCCUGCCAUUGACGACACACACAGUGCGUUACAGACUUUAUGGUUCCAAUGGCUGCUUCAUCUGGACCCAGGAUCAUGAAGAUUUAAUAAGCUUGGAGCCUGAGGUCAAUCAAACGACGCCAGAGUGCUCCACCGCUGUGAUCAUCACGUCGAUUGCACMGUACASUGUGCGCAGGUCUACGACGGUKCAGGCAACAGACACGAUCACUGGRCAAGUUCUUCGUUGUGAGRUUUUCAUUGACAAAAUUUCGGAGAUUCGCAUUUUCCAUCAUUCCCGAAAACUUGAUCUUCAUGGUCUGUCUACUCUCAGUGUGCAAGCAUUYGACGCAGAGGGUAAUGUGUUCUCCUCGCUUGUAGGGUUGCAGUUCUUGUGGACCUUGGAGCCAGUGAGCUUYGAUGGCGGGACAUCGCACAGACUGGUGCAUGUGCGUCUGAACGAGGCUGCGCUGAGUGAUACGUAUGGUGAUGUGCAUGGAGAUKGCAAUGUGCGAGUCAAGCUGGAGGAGGCGGUGAGYCCCACSUAUCAGGUGCCMAAAGGUGYUGCGGCCGAUCUSGGAUCGGAUCUGUACGUAGUCAAAGGAGUUAGUGUAGGACAGGAGAAAGUKAYGGUGCAGCUGAACGAGCCACAGUUUGGAGAUUUGGUGGACUCUGUCGUUUUGACUGUUGCAGAGGCAAUUUCRCUGUCUCCACACUCRCCAGUGUACAUUGCUCCAGGGAUKAAGUUGCAGUAUACUCUCAAGCUGAUGCACAGAAACAACGCUUCGGUUGUCAAGCUUCCAAACAAAAACUACGAGUGGUCAGUGUCRAACACAUCGGUUGCGAACAUCAACAGUCGCUUGGGGGAAGUGGUGGGCCUCAAUCUUGGGMGAACGGAGGUGAAAGUGACGGACCUUCGUGUGGAAGGCCACGUCCAGCUCUCCAUGCUGUGCGUAGUGAUGCCUGUCCAGYUGAAGCUGUACCUGUCACCKCUGCCUGCUCGCSUGGCGAUGACYGGUGUUGUAGAUCCUCCYUUGGUGCCRUCRGACGGUAUUUGGCACCUUGUSGCUGGAAGAGACUAUAUCGUGCGGGUKCUUGCAUUCUCRAAGGAGUCGGGUACAAGGCCCAUUUUAAUCACGAAGGAUGCCAACUUGCAACUGUUUUUGAAGAACGAAGGUGUCUGGGACACACARCCGAUCGCGGAWGACCUUGCAGYAUUGCGGGGAUGGUGGAAUGGCACUCACUUGCRGGCGUURARGGAAGGAAGUGGGAAGAUCAGCGCAACUCUUGGCUGUGGGAUCAUGCAGAAAGAYAAGGCAACAGGGGAAUGGAGGUUCGUUCCGAAACCACACUUAGAAGUUGAGCAGCUCGUGCGAGUGUGUGAUUCCGUGAAGAUYGUGAUUGRCGACAUCRGCGACUCUAAAGGGGCACCMGAUAGAUUGCUGCGUCUUCCUUGGGUCCCAARACAACCYCAACAGUAUCUUCUCACYGCAGCUGGAGGUUGCGGGCCAGGGUACAGGUGGACGUCAUCCAAUCCGGCUAUCGUCUCAGUUAGUGUCUCGGGGGUUCUGAAGGCGAUGGGAAUUGGAAAAGYAGUUGUGAAAGCUGCGGCACUGAACAACCCCCUAAAUGUGGAUGAGGUGGAAGUGGAAGUUUCUUAUCCUGCCACAUUGACUYCUGUGCCUGGUCUCCCUGUCGAAACGGAGGUCGGAUCAAAYCUGCCUGUUGCUGUCAUGGCUCGCGAUUCCKCAGGGUCAGUGUACUCUGGCUGUGAUGCUCUCUYGGCGAUMGUGGACUGGAAAGUCUCAUCGUCAGGGACAGUUUUUGUGACUGUAGAUCGGACAGAUAACACRUCUCKGAUUUCUGCCCMGGGGAGUGUUCCCUSYGGUGGCUMUGGGUCCAGUCCGAAGGCACUGAAUUAUGAUGCRGCCUURGCAGCCAUYCCAAGGGGUGSUUGUGCAUCKGCUGUUCUWUGGGGAUUGAGGCCMGGGCGUGCCAAGGUCSUUGCUGUGCUUGAUGUAUCAAAUGUGGAUGGCGAAGGUUGGGCUCAGCCUCCAAAACUUGAGGCAUCCUGGAUGGUGGCGGCAUACAUGCCUUUGACUAUUAUGCAGGUUCAGGAUGGCAGGGGACAUGGUGGUUAUGGCCUUAGUGAGGAGGAGGAUCAUGAYGUUCAGGGUGACCACGUGGCAGCUCCGCAASCUGGGGGUCAUGGGGCCYUUGCAAUAACUGGCAAGGAGACCCGGAAAGCAGGAGGAAUSCARGAGCUGCUUUUGGUGCUUGGUUGUACCCUUCGCGUSGAGCUCAAAGGUGGCCCKGAACGAUGGCGACCAGGAUUCGACUUUGUGGAAGAUAGCGAGGUUGUACCGACCGAAGAAGCSCACUCYKAUGUGCAAGAGGGCUYGGGAAAGGGCUCAGGACCCGAAGCAGAAAGUAGCACAGAUGGCUUGUCUGUUGAACACCUGGCGGAAGGCCUGGGAAGAACCUACUUGAUYGAGUGUGGGUCGAUUGGGACAUACAGGGUCACAUUUUACAGAGGGAACAUUUUUCACAGCGAUCAGCCAAGGAGCUCUGUGGCCAAUGCRACACURGUAGUCAUGUGUAAGGUCCCCGCAUCAAUYGCGCUUUUGAUUGAUGAUCGACGGAAUCACCCCACKGCCAUUGCGGAGAGUUCACAGCUCGAGCGWGGUCYAGAUAGACUGCAGACAGUCACACACAUGCUUGUCAGUGGAAGGAAGGUGAGAGUUGCRGCAGUKGCCCUCGAUGCAGCUAGUAAGCCCUUUGCCAACGCGUCGUCUUUGCAGCUUAUAUGGCACCUCAUGGAAUGYGAAGUUGCAGAAUGGGCRGACCUCCGUGAKGGAGAAGCAAAACGGAAAAGUGSCAUYCCGGGSCCCUGGGAGCGAUGGCUUGCCUUGAAGGACAAGGCUGGACAGUGUGUUGUGAGAGCGACCGUYGGCGAUCUCAGACCRAGACGAACRAGUUUGGYGACAYACAAAGAAGCUGCKAGGCAAGUGAAGGCCUCUCYAUCCCAGCUUACRGAUGCCGCCAGGCUCCAGCURGUGACAGCCCUUCGCCUUGAACCGCAGUUCCUCCUCCUCUUCUGGCAUCCRGAUUCAAAGGGYACAUUCAAGGUCAUAGGSGGUACGAGCGACAUUCAAGCCUCCACAAAUAACUCAUGGGUKGGAGAGGUUGUCCAUGUACCUAUGACAGMUGUKGGGKUGUCCAAUACUCUUCAAGUSAYUGCGAAGAACAAGGGKGUUGCAGAGGUKGURGUGYGUGAUGUUGGCCUUGUGCACCCGGGCAYGGCRACGGCUAUUGUUAUGKUGGCUGAUGUUGUCUGGGUUCGGCUGAUGGUUCCUGAAGAUGCCAGUCUGCAAUUGGGAUCRAACAUGACAAUCACCGUUCAGGCUGGGGAUGUCAGUGGACACAUUUUUGACCCAGYUCAGUUUAAGCUUAUGAAACCCGAGGUCCAUCUUCAGGACAAAAUUCUGACCCUGAUUGGGGUUGGAGAGGGUCCCCGUCCUGGCGGUGGCAGGUACCCUGCCAACACGUUCAGAGUCAUGGGGGCUAGUGUGGGAGUUACAAGCGGUCUUCGUGUAAGCRUGCAGSUGCACUCUGGUGAGAAAGUGUACAGCGAGUUCGCACGGAUGACGGUCUAUGCUCCCUUGGUUAUCAAUCCGCCAUGGAUGGUGCUUGCACCCGGRGCACAGUUCAUGGUCCUUGUUUCUGGAGGUCCUCGAGKWGGGGUUGUCAUCCAGUUUGAAAGCUCCAACAAGACGGUGGCAACCGUCCAUUCCAGUCAGGGAAACGUCUUGGCACUSCGGGAAGGCAACACGACAUUGUACGCGACAGCUACAGGGUAUGGGGGCCAACGGAUGAGUGAAGCMGCCAUUCCCAUUAUGGURAGAAUACCRACMGCUAUGACCCUGARUGUACGCAGUGGCAGGAUWGGUGUGGGAAAGGAAAUGUCAGUUUUCCCUGUGGGGKCGGUGGAGGGCGAAGGGUUGAUCUCCUUUGGCCAGCUCUGUGCCGAUUACCGCUGGUCUGUGGAAAACGAGGAUGUUGUUGGUCUGCAWUCUGUUGCGGUCCCUGGUCCGGGGGCUGACCUGUACGAGCCUAAGAGGCAAGCAUCUGGUGURUGUCUGGAGGGSGACGAUGGUUCUGAUGCUUGCCGAGGGAGUGCRCUGGACAGCAGCCYCAGAAUAGACAUUGGAUUUUCGGCACACGUGUCUGGAAGAUCGCCGGGCAGAUCCACGGUCAGCGUUACKUUUACCUGUCGUUUUCACRGGGUCUCUGGAKCCAGGGAGUAUACUGCAYGGARCACGCUUUGGGUGGUUCCCGACCCUCCUGUUUCUCGYRGUCUAUCCUGCACCUGGCUCCUCCCUCUGCACUACACUUCGUCUCYGCUGCUGCCGUCCUGGGGUGAGGACAGCCCCUCUUCGUCCUCUGUCGACCUUAUGGGCMGGUCUGCCAACAGCAAGCGGACAAGUCUCUAUUCUGUAAUGCAAAGUGGAGGGACAAGUGAGAAGGUGAUCACGAUGGAUGGUGGGAAAAUAAAGACCGGCAGCAGGCCAGAUGUUGCAUGCAUCCUUGAAACAGAGCAGUCAACAGGAAGGGUGGAGGUGGCUGCAUGUGUUCGCACCGCAGAGGUGGCACAGAUUGCGGUUAAACACAAAGAACCCCCCUACCAUGCUGUUGAUCUCCCUAUCGGGGUGUCACAAUCUUUUGCAGUUACUUUACACGAUGAAAUAGGCACGCCGUUCUACGAAGCCCAACAACGCAGUCUGCACUUGGUGGUGGAGAGCAACCAGCCUCAUGUUGCAUCUGCAGCACUGGUGGAGGAAGAAGUGCGGGAUGCUGUGCCGGCAAAUACAUCACUAGUGAUUCAGGCACUUCACCAAGGCACGGCCAUUAUCCGUGUCAGGCUUGCCGACAGRCCRGAGRYUAGUGAUUAUGUUGCAGUUCAAGUGGGAGCAUAUGUGAGUCCUCGCAAUCCAACUUUGCAUGUUGGAGGGCGCAUCAACUUCACAAUUGGUGGAAGGGYGGCAGGGAUUGCCUCAGGCGAACGGGGAAAAUGGGUGUCAGGCAACGAUAAGAUUGURAAAAUAAAYCCYCACACAGGCAAAGCAGAGGCAGUUGGGARGGGGACAACAAGAGUGUUUUUCACYGGCCCACGCAUAACYGUAGAUACCACAGUCUCUGUGGUUCAGGUAGCAUCAUUAAGCAUCAGCAGACCGGAGGGGAGCGGUCCRAUUACAAAUGUCGGCGAUAAAGUYUACUUGUUUCCUGUUUCGUUCAGCUACAAGUCUGUACUGAAUGAUGGCUCUCCUAAGGACCAGUCCAUUGCAUUCASCUGCGAGCUYGAUCCUCCGUACAUAGGGAUGGUGAGUKCCCGCAGGGAUCCAGAGUCGGGACAGUCAUCAUGUGUGYUGCAUCCCUACUCUCCGGCAGAUCUGCAGUUGGAUGUCAAGGGGCAGCCUCGAUCGUGGCAKCAGUAUGAUYUUGSAGGUGCAGCCUCUGGAUCUAUUCCGUUGAYUGUGAYGGCUGUUGUGGAGGGCCCCAGUGGAUCUCUWGUUAAGGAUAGGGUGACCCUGAACUUUGUUGGAGGCUUUAYGUUKGCGAAGGAGGCACCGUCUCAGGUUACUUUGUUCCCGAGAACUAAUCGCUCCAUGGUGGUGCUUGUUGGAAACGUCGYGUCGGUCGAUGUUUCAUGGAGUAGGAAGGAUGCAUUGUCGGUGAGGGACAUCAGUCGUCUGGAUGAAGCGCCGGGAUUGGCCGGAAAAGCGAGGUUCGAGGUCAAAGUCCUUCAACAAGGAGCUCCAUUUGCCGACGUGCUCGUCUUCACYUCUCGUGAKACGGGGCARCAGUUGGAGCUUCCUGUCACCUUCAGGCCUGACGAUACAAAAUCGGAAAGAGAAAUAUCGAUCGUCUCUAGCAUUGUGACCACGGUUGCAGUUGSGGCAGUGGUGAUGUUGCUUGUAUGGGUGUGUGCAUGGUCCAUGGAUCAACCUCAAGUAAUUCCUCCCCCUCCACCAGGUUCGAUGAUCUCUCCUCCUGGACGGAGUGGUGCUGCGAGUCCAGCGACGCCUCCCAGUGGCACUAGCACUUUCGGACGUACUACUCCAGUGCAGCAGCCUUUCGACACGCAACUGCGCUCACCCUCUCCAUCCCGACCCUCUGUGCAAUCGCCCCCGUAUACAGAGCAUCUUAGCAGGACAAUUCAACGAACACCGUAUUUCGAUAGGGAUAUGUCAAGGCGCUUCGACCCCACACGGACAUACUAGGGUCUUGUAGAGGUGCUAUGGUGGAUGAUGGUGAUGCUGUAUUCCCCCCCCCACCCCACCCCCCCCCCCGCCCCCCGCCCCCUCCUCACCAAGUUCAGUUUUGUAACUUUUGUUUCUUCACCUGUUGGAACACCAAAGCCUGUGAUGUUGGCAUCGCGAUUCCUUGAAUCUUUUCCUUUGUUUUUCAGUUAGUGCAGCAGCUGUUCCCUCCACCCUCCCGGUCUCUCAAUCAGUCCGCUGUGCAGAUCCUUUUUCAUGAGAAUGACGCCUGGUAAAUGGUUUGUUCGUCAGGCAAUGUGGCACCCUAUUUGUUGUGCAUAUCUGGCACAAGAGGGCUCCAAACUGCACAAAACGAGCGGUAGUCUGUCUACUUGUGUGGAGUCAUGUGAGUACGAUGGAUGGGCAAUGGAAAUGAUGUCGAGGUGAGAAGGUAGUAGCAGGCUCGAGUUGAAGGAGGUUAAAGGAUAGGGAUGCUUUUUCUGCUUGUUAGUUUCUUGUUUCAUUAGUUCGGGAACAGUGCAUCAGAAGAUUGUGACAGGCGAGUGGAAUGCAGUAGGAGAAGCAGGAGAGCUAGUUUUGUCAGUGCAUGAUGUGGCAUCCAGAUUAUAUAAAGUGGGGCAGCUCGGGAGAGUGGAACGUGAGCGUUCUUAAUAGUAGGGAGUUGUUAGGAGGAAGGUAGAUUUAUGGUAGCCAUGGAUCUUUGUUUUGGAGAGGAAGAGAUCUGGAUCCCAUCGAUUGUAGUUCUCCCGAUCACGGCUUCAUCG